UUGGCUCGCUAGAAGGAAAGCUAAGUUCGAGAUUAAACCAAUUAAAAUCUAAUGAAUGCGCACAUGAAACUGAUGAAAUUAGCACAAUUACCGCCGAGUCAGCUAUACAAAAGGAGCUCUCUAAUAUAAGCGUAAGAGAGAAAUUUGUAGAAAAAUGUUUAGAAAUUUUGGGAUCUUUAGAAACGACAUUGAUAAACAUUAUUGAUCUUAAAGAGAACAAAAAAGCCGAUGAGCCUGAAUUAUUGGGUAUAAAAGAUAUGAGUCUUAUCCAUACGAUGCUCGAGAUAGUGAUUAGUUGGGGAAUAUAUCCUUGUCUUAUGUCUGGUGUUGGUAUUCCGAUUUCACGAAGAACUCGCUCAAGACAAUUUCAGCGUGAAUUUUCAAAUAACUCUACAAACGAAGCUGAAAAAAAAUUACCACCACAAUCACGUUAUAUUUAUUUAUUUAAGUUAAUGCAAUCAUUGAUGAAGAUUACAUAUUCAUCAUCAUUAAAGCCGACAAUGUUUACAACCGUAUCUUCUAUAAUACGUGCAAGACAUCUCACGGAUUUUUAUUCUGCUUUAUUACAAUUGGCUUACGGGCCAUUGCCAACAAAUGAUAAAUUGGAUGUGCACAGUGAGAAUAAGUUAGUUACAUCUAAUCAACAUGCGAGUGAAAUACAGGAUCAUGGAGACUUCAUAUUAAUGCGAAAAGAGUGUGCGAAUAUGUUUGGAAAAAUAUUUGAAAG